AUUAAUCAAAAUAUAUGGUGGUCUAGAAUCUAGAACAUUGUGUUUUAACGGACGAACGUGCGUAAAGGUUGGAGAAUAGAAUAGAAUAAACCGCGAGGUUGGGUGGGUUUUGGUGCAUAGAGAAAGGGAUUUGGCGUUAAUGUCAUGUUAUACAUACACACGGCCGAAGCUUUCAGUUCUCAGCUUUCAGUUUGCGCGCAGAUUUAUGUAGCCCCCUACGAAAUCUGUUGCAGUUCGGCGAGCUUGAGCAAUUUACGACCUAAUUUGUAACGGCUAGAAUCCCGGAAAAACAAGAACGAGGACGAAGAAGUUAUUGGAAAAGAUAUAUGGUGAAAAGUUUUUUUUAUUAUCGAUUAAAAUUGGAAUUGCUAGUAAUCGUAGAAUAGAGAGAGGUUUUGUAUUGCGAACGUGCUAGUACAAGUUUGCGGUUGGUUGGAGUUUUGCUCCCUCGUCCUUUAGAAUUCCCGGAUUUGUUUGUUUUUCGAGAAGGAAAGGAAUCUCUUAACAGGAUCAUGGAAGUUGCAACUUCAACGACGACCAUGUCGGAUGGAGUUGAGAGUGUUGAAAAGGUUAUGACCGAGAAUGAGGGUGCUAAAAACGAAGUGGAUAUUAAUGGGGUUGAGGAUGAUAAAGAAGGAGUCGAAGAAGAUGGUGCUGGUAAAGUUAAGGAGGAAGAUGAGUUAAUUGGGGAGAAGGAAAUUUCUUCUUCGGCGAUUCCCGAACAACAGAGUCAAAAUAAAGAGGAAGAAGAACCAGAUGUUAAGAAGAAAAACGAAACUCCUGAUGUGUUGUGUCUCCAAUUGGACGAGGGCGAUAAUUUGGACGUUUAUUUCGAGAAGGAGAAGGCGCGCAAAAAGGAGUUGGAGAUGAGCAAAAUGUUGAAAGAGGAGGAAAAGAUUAAUCACCAAGAACAAAAUGAGAAGAAAAACUUUGAAAAGAAGAAAAAAUCGAUUAAAAUCACCCCGAAGAAAGUUAAAAGCAAAAUAGAGAGUGUUAAUAAAGAUAAAGAUCAAGAAAAGUUAGAGGAAAAUGUGGAAAGUCAAGGUGAUUCUAAAGAAAAUGCUGAUGAUAACGGGAUUAAACAAGAGUUGAAUCAACAACCCGAAGUUACAGUUAAAAGCACCGUCGUUAAAUGCGAAAAAAAUAAAGGUGAUGAUAAAGAGAAUAAAGAUAAUAAGGAAAAUCGAUUUUUGUGGGUUUCUAAUAUAAAUCGUUACACGAAAGCUAAUGAUUUAAAAGUUCAUUUUACUCCCCACGGAAAAGUUCAAACAGCCCGAAUUGUAACCGAUGGAAAAAAUUAUUACGGUUAUUUAUUGAUGGAGAGAAAAGAAGAUGUGGAAAAUUGUAUUGAAAAAUUGCAAGGAACUAACUUUGAUGGGAUUACAAUACAUUUAAGCGAAAAAAAACCAGAACAAAAAUCAAAAAGCACCGAAAGAAAAAUCGACUCAAGAAGAAAAUCAACAUCAUCCAUCAAAAACGAUCCCCUAACAUUAAAAGUAAAAGAUUACAAAAACGAAAAAGAAACAACAUUACACAAAAAACGUUCCGACGAAGAACAACGUCGAAAAAAUCGCGAAGCCGAAAGAAUUCGCGAGGAACGUCGCAAAGAACGUAUAAAAUACGAAGAGAGAAAAGCGCAAGAAAUGAAAAUCGAACGUGAAAAAAGAAAAUUAGAACACGAGAGGCGUUUAAUCGAAGAAGAAAAAAUAAAUUUACUUCGCUUACAAAAACGUUUGGCCGUUACGGAACGUUCGAUAAUUCAACGUCAAAAACAAGAUUUAGAACGAGACAUUAAAAAUUUAGAAUAUAAAAAGCGCAAAACCGAAACAACCACAUACGAAAGAAAACCAAAAUUAACUAAAAUCGAUGAAAAAUAUUGGAAGAAAGAUACUUCCUCGAAAAGUUACGAUGAAAAUUAUAAAAAAGUCGAUUCGAUUUUAGUCCCACCACCCCCCGUUUUAUCCGAAAAUUAUCACCAAAAAACUAAUGUUGGCGAUAAAGAAAGAAAUUGGAAAGAAAUUUCGAAAGAAAGCACCUUAGAAAGUCGAUUCUCUUACGAUUAUGAACGAUACCAAAAAGAUCAUCGUUACAAAGAAAAAGAAAAAAAUUAUCAUUGGGAAAGUGGAUAUAAUUGUGGAAAUAAUUCCGCUAACAAUAACGCUUGGAGAGGACAAGAACAAAGAAAUGUUAAUCGACAUAGCGUCUCCUCAUUCCCCGUUACCACCGGAAAUGUUUAUCAAGUUCAAAGUUCGACUCCCAGUUAUUAUCAAGGAAAUAGAAAAUCAUCGAAUGAUUAUUAUUAUCGAGGGGGUGAUCGAAAAUAUUAAAAAUGUUUACAUUUUUUUCUUAAGAGUUAAUUAUAAAAAAUACUUUGUUUUGAAAUAGUUGAUGAGGCGAAAAUCAAAAAAAAAAACAUUAUUUUGUUUGAGAGUUAAUAUUUGAGUUGAUUUUGAAUAAAGAAAAAAAAAUGUU